CUUUUUCCCACCCCGCCCACGUAACUCCAAUCAACUCGAACACGGGUGUUCCGAGAAUCGUAAAAAGUCAGGAAAAGUUACCACUCUGGCCUGAUGCUGUUGAUCUAGUUACCCCCCUCCUCUGUUCCCCGCCCCCCUGUUACCUAUCUAUGGACGCCGGCGCCGAGACCCAACGCACGACGCAGAACUCGGGAAUCAAGGUCCGCCGCCCCCGGGCCGCCCGAGCAUGCGACCUCUGCAGGGCAAAGAAGAACAAGUGCGAUGAGCUGUACCCCUGCACGUACUGCAAGAAUCGGAAUGCGACAUGUGUCUACAAAGGUCAGGACAUGUCAAGGAGGCUUUUCACUCCAGAAUAUGUGAGACAGUUGGAAGAACAGGUCAAGAGGCUCUCGGCCAUCGCCGAGUCCGUGAAAGCGCCGUCGACGGAUGACAACGCCUCGGUGAUCGCCAACACCGCCGCCCCAGAGUUCCCGGACGGAUACUCGCCCGACGACCGCCGUCUCCAGAGACGGCUGUCCCGAAGUACCGCGGCCGGAGGGUCGCCCUCGAACGCCGCCCGGUCACGGAACGCCGCCGGCCAGGAGAUCUCGGGUGUCAACCGCCACACGCGCAACGUCGAGUUCUACGGCAGCUCGUCUUCCGUGGCGCUGCUCUCCCACGUGCAGCGGACCGGCGACGACGACGAGCCCGUCGUCUCGCCGGACCUCGGCUCGGACGCGGGAACACUCCUGUCGAACCUCCACAACCCGGCCUUCUCGUCCCCCUCAGCCGCAGACCAGGCCCAGACCCAGACCCAGACCCCUGGCGGCGCGUCCUCCUCUACCGCCGUCGCCGCCGCCAACGCCGCCUAUACCACCGCCGAGGCCAGGUCCUCCACGCGGCCAACGACGCAUUACCCGCAGUGCCGGCACUUCCUGCAGAGCUUCUUCUCCAGCAUCCACUACGUGCAUCCGAUCCUCGACCGGAAGCUCUUUUUCGACCGCUGCGAGGAGCUGUGGGCGCGGCCCGGCGACAUCCGCGAGCCGUCGAGCUUCGUGGCGCUGUACUACAGCAUCCUGUCCCUGGGCGCUCUCGUCGGCGUGCGGGAGGACGAGCCGGUGGACGGGGUCGGGAACCUGCAGUGGAGCCGGAGGUUCUUCGACGAGGCCAAGAGGCGGUGCGACCAGCUGGGGAUGGUCACUGACCUGGAGAUGGUCCAGUGCUACUUCUUUCUUGCGAAAGUCUGUCAAAACGAGUUGAACGCUCACUGGUCGUACAUGUACGUCGGACUCGCGGUUAGGACAGCACUCGCAAUGGGCAUCAACCGAGAACCCGGGGCAGAUGUCAAAAAGGAACCAGCUCUGCUUAGAGCAGAGUCGAGGACGUGGUGGGGCUUAUAUUCAUUAGAAACUGAAAUGUCCUUCUCCAUGGGUAGACCAGAUACGCUCGGGGCGGACUUAUACCACAACCGGCUGUUCCCGGUCAUUGGGGAAGCGGAACCCGAGUCCUCCGCCGGGGGCUCGGAGCUCGUGGACCCGCCGUCGUGCGCCAUCAUCAAGUGCAUGGUGGACUACUCCAAGAUCAUCAGAAGCAUCUGCCUGGGAAUCUACUUGCCCGAGACGACAGUGCCGCGGACGGUCCAGCUGGCGCACCAGAUCGACCAGGACCUGCAGCGGUGGGCCGAGGACCUGCCGGAGGCCAUCCGUCCGACGACCUCGGUCGAGCCGCGGUCGCUGAAGAGCGUCCGGGAGGCGCAGUGGAUGAAGAGGCAGAGGCUCGUGCUGACGAUGCGCUUCCUCAAUAUUAGGAUCCUCCUCUUUGGGUCGAUCAUUCUCACAUCGACAUCGGCCGAGAGAGCUUCCAUCCCGGGCUCGCAGGAAGGUAUACACUUGUGCCUCGAGGCGGCCAAGCAGACGAUCGAAAUCAUCUACCAGACGUACCAACAUCACGACUUUUUCAGAACUUGGUUCUACAACACGACGUACACCGUCUUCGCAGCGUCCAUGAUUCUGGUGUACGUGACGCAAGAGGCCACGGAAGCGGAGGCGCCGGCGCUCCUGAAGCUGGUGGCGAUGGCCAUCGAGAUCCUCGAGACCAUGGACGAGUGUGUCGUCGCGCUGCGGUCGGCGAAGCUGCUGCACAAGGCCAUCGAGAAGGCCGAGAAACGGUUCUCGGCCUCGUCGACGCCGGGGACGGGGGCUGAGGCUGGGGCGCCGCAUCAGCAGCAGCAGCAGCAGCAGCAGCAGAUCCCGGCGAUGCCGCCGGCGGACGCCAUGCUCCAGUUGAACCACUACUGGGGCCCGCUCAACAUCCUGGACAACGAGAUGGAUUUCGGGUUCGCGAUGCAGUUUGCCGACUUUGAAGGAACGAACUCGCUGUUCAUGGCCCUCGACGACCCGAGGGCGAUGCAAUAGCCGGACCGCAGAUAGAUAAUCGUACAGACGCUCGCAUAUCCAUAGAGGAAAAACGUGAACAUGACUCUAGACUCUAGCAAUGGUGUGUCAUUGCUUGUCCUGCUGUUGCCUGCUUUUGACUGCCUCGUCCGUCUGAUGGCCGAAUUGAAGAUGUGACAUAGACAGUUCAACAGUCCCGUCCCGAGAGAUGGCAAACCAAGUGACGGCUUGACAGACGUGUG